AUGGCAUCGUCGCUUGUCAGGUCGGCCGACGAAGGGACAUCAGUGUCCUCCGUGGCUGCUCCUCCCGUUUCCGCUGUAGUGUGUGGGAUUUCACCCGCCGCUUCACCUGCCUGUGGUUCUGGGUUCCCGCGGUUCCCCCGUCCAGCAGUGCCCGCCGUUUCCGCCGUGGCGUUGCCUCCGCGGCCCGCCGGCAUCCACGGAGUUCGGCCGCCCCGUGGUGGUCCCCAUGUUAUCGUUCCCAGCCUAGCCGAUCGUCUGGUGCCAGCUGUCGCCGCCGCUGCCACGUUCGCACCUGCCGUUGCCGCUGUUCUCCCAGCCGCCGCUGCCGCCGCCACAUUCGCGCCCGCCACUGCUGCCGUUAUCCCUGCCGCUGGUGGCGUUCCAUUGUUACCGCUCCCCGAUCCCUCCGGUGCUGGCGCCUGCGUUGUUGCCGCCUGCGUCGCUGCUUGUGCAGUGGCAGUCCUCGCUGACGCACCGCCUUGA